ACCGCCCUAGCCAGAGGUGGAGCUGAAGGGAGGGUGGUUAAGAUCGCCGUGAAGGAAGUGCUAAGGUCUUGUUGUUGAUAUUCAUUUCGGUAGCAACACGGAUUUUUGCAAGGGUUUAUCCGCAUCCGCAUCUCGCUAUGGCUGCCUGCACCGGAAUUCUCGGCAAUGUCGCCUCUCAAGUGUCCCUGCAGAGGACCAAUGUGGAAGCGUGUGCCACCUCCGUGAACCCUGCGGGUUUGAGCGUCAAGCGCCAUGUGCAAGUGGGAUUCUCGGCCAGCGCCUUCGGAGCUUCCUGCCAGCGAUUGCGCGUGGAGUCAACCCCAGUCUCGUCCAGGAGGCAGUUCGCUGUCAAGGCAAUGGCUGAGGUGAAGACCCAAGCUAAGGUGACGAAGAAGUGCUACUUCGAUAUUGAGAUUGAUGGCAAGCCCGCUGGUCGCAUUGUCCUCGGCCUCUUCGGUGAUGUUGUCCCCAGGACCGUUGAGAACUUCGCCGCACUCUGCACAGGCGAGAAGGGAUUCGGUUACCAGGGUUCUGCUUUUCACCGUGUCAUCAAGAAUUUCAUGAUUCAGGGUGGUGAUUUUGACAAAGGCAACGGUACCGGGGGUUACAGUGUCUUCGGCACAAAGAACUUCAAGGAUGAGAACUUCAAAUUGAAGCACACUGGAGAGGGAAUCUUGAGUAUGGCCAAUGCUGGGCCCAACACCAACGGAAGCCAGUUUUUCCUCUGCACUGUCCCGACUCCCUGGCUCGAUGGCCGACACGUUGUGUUCGGACAAGUGAUUGAAGGUAUGGAUGUGGUGAAGACCAUUGAGGGUCAAGACACAGACCGCACCGACAGGCCGAAGAAGAAGUGUGUCAUUGCCAAGAGCGGUGAGUUGUAGGUAAAUUCAGGCGGUGAAUCACUUUCUUAGCUACAUUGGCUUCAGUUGCAAUGAGCAGCUCUGGUAGAUGUUCUUAGUAGAGGUUGAGAAGGUAUCAGCAGAAGUUAUUAGCAUUGGACUGUCGGGACACCUUUUUCUGUGCACUGCUCCAUUCAACUUCUGAGGGCGAAAAAUGUACUGGAUUCACUACUUUUCUUGGAGUAUCAUUUUCUUUCAGCUCCUUCUGUCA